AUGGCGAAAAUCAAGAGGAACAACACUCGCGCCGCCCGGCGCGGCGCAUCGCCGAGCCUCGACCUGGAUAAAUCCCUGACAUCUUUGCCUCGAGCCGAAUCGCCAACCACCCACCGUCCCUCUCUCCUGGCUGAGCGUGCCAGCUCCGGCAUUCAAAAAAAGAGAAAAGAUAAGAAGAUGUCAAGAGCUCAGCGAUUGAGACAGCAGAAGGGCAUGGACAGAGCUGAGGCGGUCUUGGACCAGUUGGAAAUUAAGAAAGCUAAAAGUUUUGACCGAGCGAAGAACAUCAAGGCACGAAGUGCUGAUUGGAACGAUAUGAACCGAAAAUCAUCAACAUUCGCUGCUCUUCAACCUGACGAACCUGACGACGAUGGCGAUGAUGAUGCGAUGACCACCGAGAAAACCGAACCAUCCAACCCUUCAGCGAAUCCUUUUGUGGCAUCCGAACAGGCUACUGCAGACCCUGCCCCAGUUGACGAAGAUGAUGAAAUUCUCUGA